GCGAACCCUUCCAAACGACCAAACCAAUCCAGGCUCCGGCGGCGGUGGGGAAAGGUAGGCGGCGAGGUUCCCAUGGAGGUGCCGUGGGAGACGGAGGCGGCGGGGGAUCAGGAGAAGAGAAGCAGCAGAAGCCGCUGCAGCAAAGGGAAGGCAUCUAACUCUAGGAGCCGGCGACGCGAUGAGAACAAGUUGCUUUUCAGCAGGAUCGACAAAGAAAAGCCAUCAGAGGAGAAGACUCCACCUCCACCUGCUCGAGAGAAGGAAGAGGAGGGGGAGGAGGAGGUGGGGAGAUUACUGGACGAGGAAGAGGCCGCCCAGUAGGGGAUGCGUUCGUUCCGUCUUGGCUGGGAAGAGUGCUUUGAUGACCUCUAUGGUUCCUUCGAAGACAACACUUCUGUCCGUUCCAUGCGCUACACUGAAGGAACUAUCCCAAGAUAUGCAUGCUGCGAGGAUGUCUUGCAGAUCUUUUCAGUCCGAGUGACUGAAACAAAAGAUGGUCUGGAGUGGCCACUGCAUGUCUAUGGCUGGGUUGCCACUAGAGACUCGGUAGAUCAAAACCGGAACCUUCUUUUUAACCGCACAAGGGAUAACUGCCAAAUCCUAACUCAAGAGAGUUCAGACUUUCAGACCGUCGAUGCCUGGAAUUCAGAGGAUGUUUCUGCAGUCUCUGGAGAAUAUGGUGUGUCAUCACGCUGCCUUAUAAAAAAAAUACCAACCAUCUAAAGAUGAUUGAGCUGUUCUCUUCUCAAGUUGUGGCUCCACGUGUCAGCAUGGUAGCAGGGCACAUGCACUACACUAUCCUGCUAUGAACAUUCAGCUUGCCGUCCUGAAGGCUCUUGUGCAGUUGUGCUAACUCUUUGCAGAUUUAUGUGUUUCUAGAGUGCUCCGAAUUCCUCGAGUGAUUCACAACACUAGAGUUUCAGACCCUGCAGCUCAAGGACACCAUGGCUAUCCAGAGCAACGAUAAUCUUGGAUUAAGAUAUGUAAGUGGACCAUUGUAGCUUAUGAGUGGUUGCUGUGUGUUUUUGUAAAAAGAUGACAUAUGCUUGCUUUGCCAUUUAAAAGGUCAAAGACCAUGUAAGAAAGUUGACUGAGAGCAAUGGAGGCCGUAUGGCACUGCACCAACUUUGAUUGCUUUUUGUGAGCUUCUUGCAUACAAUAGUGAAAGCAAUGGAACAUUGCACCAUCGUUUGCUUUCUGCG